AGAAGCAGUCCUUAAGGCUGUUUUCAUCGCAUCUUUUGGGAUCACAAGCAAGAUGUUCAAAUUUGUGGCCCUCUUCUGCCUGUGCAGUGUUGCAUAUUGUGGGGAUCCAUACCCCAUGAUGAUGACUCAUGAUGUUUCAGAUGAGGAAUGGUGUAAGACUGGUUUCUAUCAAGAGCCAGCUGACCCCUGUUGUUUCUACCAACAAUGUGAAGCAGACAAACAGAAAGCCUACAACAGAAGUUGUUUCUGUGACGAUGAGGAACUCUUUUGGAACACUGAGCUAUGCGCUUGCGCCACCUAUUGGACACCUGGGUCAUGCAAUCCUGAUUUGAACUACUUAUGUGAUAAUGAAUUUGAUGUCCCUAUGGUCCCAUGUGUUGCUAAUCCAGACAACAAUGAAUGCUGUCUCACAGGAAUUAAAUAUGAUGACCAUACUAAGGGUUAUGGACCUCUGUAUGUAAAAGAUGCAUAUGAUAUGACUAACAGAAAAUACUACAUACCAGAUUGGCAUGAGUAUGGGUACUGCCCAGAGCCUGGCACGUUCAGUCUGAAAUACUGCGCAUGUGAACAUCUAAAGACUGAAUGUGCCUGUGCACAUUGGAACUUCUCAGCACCUGACCCAUUACUGGAUGAUGGUACAUACAUGAGUGAAGGCAACUGUGAAGCUGGUGGAAAUGGGCAGCUUGUAUGCCCUCAAACCCUAUCACCUGAACCUGCUGAAAUCCCAGCCACCCAGAAGAUUUUCUUUGGCAAAACGGGAACAAUAUUUGGAAUGGUUGAUGUCAACUUUGACGGAACAGUUGUGACCAAUGAAAGUCCAGAAGCAAAGAAUCCUAUGAAUGCCACCAUAAAGAUAGAAAUAAGAGAUUGUGUUCUAUAUGUCUGGCUGGAAUACCGCGGAGUAGAUGUCCAUUAUUCACUUGCUCUGUCUGAUGACACUAGAGCUAGAAUACAAAAUGGCGAGGGAUAUAAAAAGACAUUUUAUGUAGUUGUUGAAAAUGGGAAUAUAAUAAUGUGUUUUGGAGCUACAUUUGAUGAUGGAACGUAUGGUGAAAAAAGGUUGGAAAGAGAACUCCCAGUGGGUUUCAAACUAGCUGGAAAUAAGUGUCCGUUCAAACUUGGAUAUACAAGACCAGCUUUAUACUUUGACUUUGGAUAUUGUGUAUUUGGUUGGACAUACACUGACUGGUUAGAAUAUCUGAUUGAUGGAGUAGUGCCUGAAAAUCCCAAUCCAGGUGAUGGGUCCUGGAAAGUGUUUGCUGACUGGGAUGAAGAGAACCACCUUUACCCUGACCCGAAUUGAAGUGGAAUGAAACAAAACAAUUCAGUGAAUUAAAAUCUGUAUCUGAAUCAUAAAAAGGCAAAUAAACAGGGAGUCAUUAACAGUAACUUCGU